GAUGACGGCGAUUUGAGAUUUCUUGUUUUUGUAAUGUUCUUUUUUCCAAUACAAUCGAUUUUGCAGAAGAAACAUUAAUGAUUUCGGUAAUCUUUUAAAUUUAGUAAUUUAUGUUCAAUAUUAAAAGAUGGAUUCAAAAGAUGUUUGCAUUGAAAUCGAGAACGAUGAAUUUUAUAGUAAGUUCUUGGUGGAAUCCGUGAAACCGCUUGUCGGCGAAAACAUAUCCGUGACCGAACAGGUAAACAAGCUCACCCAAGGGAUCGAGAAGCUCUCCAAAAGUCUUGAAUCUCAAGUCCUGGCCAAACACAAUGAUUUACUGUCUCAGGCAAGUAAUAUUUCCGAUUUAGAGGCAAUGCUGGAAUCUGUUCGUUCUCAAGUCCAAGGGCUGCUCCGCGGCGCUGAAAAACUCAAAGAUCGUGUACAUAAACCCUACGACGAGCUAAAAAACCAAACUAUGAUGCUGGAGAGAGUGCAAACAACUUGUAACCUCCUUAGACACUCAUCUAAAAUACUCGCGUUGUGGAAUAAACUUAAUUCAGUCAAAGAUAACCCUACAAAGGAAGCUAUGAUACUUUUCGAGUUAAAUGAACUUAUAAGCGACUAUGAUUUCAAAGGAAUAACUUUACUUGACGAUGUGUUAACACAAGUCGAACAACAGCGGAAACAAUUAUUAAAAAACUCCACAGAUCUAUUACAAUCUAGCUUAUUGAAUGGUGAUAAGGUAAAACUUCUACAGUGUUUCAAAGUGUUUCACAAUCUCCAGUGUACAGAAGAACAAAUCAAAUGCACAGUUGACAGCAUUUUAAAGGAUUUGAGAAAGGAAAUAAAUACUGCACUCAAUGUAGAAAUGGUGUCCAUAGAAGUUAAGAAAUCGAGUUCUGGACGAAUUGCUCCUGGUAAAGCAAAUAUAAUGAAUGCUCAAGAUUUUAAGAUCAAACUCUGGGACAAUAUUGAUAAACUGUUCAAAAAUGAAAUGUACAAUAGUUGCAUGAAAAUAGUCAUGCUUCAAAAUGUUGUGAACGAAUUGCAUGCCAUAGGCAAUUUUAGGAAUAUAGCAAAAAGAUUCUGGGAUGAAUUAUCACUAAUCUUCAGCAAUGAACUGGAAAAAAGUCCAUCAACAGUGAGUCAAUCUGUCGAAAUAGAUUUCCCAAAACUAUUAAAAUGUUUUAAUGAUUUGCUAUCACGCUUAAAAUGUAAGAAUUUAGAAAUGAACCGUUCCUCAUUAACCAAAUGGGAGAAUUCAUUUUUGUCAAAGUCUUUGGCCAAGCUUCUAGAACCUGUAAGAAGUAUGUGGCAUUUGAACCAAGUGCCGACAAUGGAUCAAGUAGACAAUGCUAUUAGGGUUAUUGCUGAAGCUCUAAGUAUUUCAUUGGCAGAUAAAAACUUGAGUAUAAGCUUAGCUUAUAGUGUGGCAAAGAGCAUUAAGCAGAUGAACGUAGAAGCUGAACAGCGUUUAUGUAUGGACAGUGAUGUAGCACAGAUUAUAGAAGCACCAACCAGCUCGCAGCAGAAGAAUGCAGAUCUGUGCAAUGCACUAUACUACUUCACAUCACAAAUAAAAAGAGUUCUCGCAAACAUGAACUCAAUGCUACCUCCGGAAAGCAUACAAAUAGUUCAGAACAGUUUGAAAGACAUAUCUAGCUUACCUGUCCUUAAUCUCUUCGCAGAAUCAAUAAAGAAUUCCCUAUACCUUAUUUUAAUGACAAUGCAUGAUGAACCAGAUCUAAUAAGAGCUGAAGACCCAAAUAGUAAAGUAAUAUCUUGUUCUCCCUAUAUGAAAGAGUUACAACAGUUUGUAUCAAGGUGCAAAGAUAUAUAUUUGUCAUUAUUUAACGAGAAACAGGCAUUGAAUGAAUGCUGUAUAGACAUAUCAAAGUCUUGUAUAGAAAGAUUUAUGCAGCAUGUUUGUAAUGUCCGUCCUAUCAGUGUAUACGGAAGGGCGAAACUUCAAGCUGAUUGCAAACAUUUGGAAACUUCUUUUGCCCCUUUAGUAAAUGAUAUAACAGAAUUAGGUGACCAUUAUCGUCAGCUGAAAGCGUUAACUUUACUUUUGGAGAAGAAGCCACAGGAUAUUGCAAAAAGUCAACACGAAGGAGCAUUGUUACCUUAUUCUUUAGUCAUGAUGUACCUCUUUUCUUAUGGAGGUCAGCAGUUGUUGGCACCCCACGUAUGUGCAGGUUGGAACAUCCAAAAAUUGAUACAGUGGCUCGACAGUCACAAAUCUGAACGGGACAGACUGGAGUUUGUCGCAGGUGCUUUACAGCGAUACCAGAACCAUGUGCGUCAGAACCAAAUAACAUGUUACGAUGAGGUUUACCCCGUGCUGUUGCAGCUACUUGAUGAGGGCAGGAAGUCUUUGAAGAAGUAGUUUACAUUUGACAUAGUAAAUUAUUAUUUAUUCUUGUUUGUAAUUAUAUAUAGAACAUUCCAUGUGUAAAUAAAAU